AUGGAGCGAAAACUGGAUUUGUCUCGUCUGACUGACGAAGAAGCGAAACACGUCUGGGAGGUGAUCCAACGAGACUUCACCCUCCGAAAGAAUGAAGAGGAGCGACUCGGUAAUUUGAAGACUAAAAUCGAGAAGGAGGAUUCGAAGCGAGAGCUGCUGGGCUCUCAGAACCAGCUGUCCAACUCGCUGUGCAUUUGCUGCCUGCAGCCCUUUAAGUUCCUGGUCAACAGCAAGCGUCAGUGUCUGGACUGCCACAUGUACAGCUGCAAGUCCUGCAGCCGCUACAACAAGAAGGAGCACGGCUGGGUGUGUGACAACUGCCGCAUGACCAGGGUGGUGAAGAUCGGUACUGCAGGCUGGUACCACGACAACGUGAGAAACCGCUUCAAACGCUUCGGCAGCGCCAAGGUGAUGAGGUCACUGUACAAGAGGCUGAAUGGAGAUGGUGGUCGUGAUGACGACACUCAGAGUAUGCCGGACGUCCGCAGCCACGUGUAUAACGGCGCCGAGGACGACCACGGGGAGGCCGACGCUCAGCGCUACAAAGUGAUGAGGAAGAACAAACGUCUGCUGUCGGUUCAUCCUCUUGACUUUGACCCUGAGGAAUAUUUCCCUCAUUCACGACGACAGUCUGUACAGAUGCAGGAUGAUCGAGGUUACAGGAAUGAUUUGGACUACGACAUGUACAACCACCGAGGGAACCGCAGGAAGAGCCUGGACCGAUACGCCAUGAGACCUGAGGACUAUGGAGAGAGCAGGAUGGUCCGGACUCGCUCUCUGUCCAAGAUCAGCUCCUCGGUGGCUCGGCAGCAGUACGUCGACACCUCUGAUGAGGACGAUUACCCGAGAUACGCCCCCAUGUACCAACAGCCCCCCCACCGCCGCCGGAACAGCAGAGCCUCGUCCCAGGAGAACCUGGGACAAGCCCCGCCCAUGAACGAGCUGAACAAACGCAUGUUUGCCAUUGAGAGUCUGCUGAGCCGCCUGGAGGAGAAGAUGACGCCGGCCGACGAGACGUCGACUCCGUCGGGUCAGAACGAGGAGGAGAAGCUGAGGAGGAAGCUGAGCGAGCUUGCGGGGAACCUGAGCGAUAAGGGCCUGUCGUCGGACGACGAGGCCACCAAGAAGUCCUUCUCUGUGGGUAAAGGUCCAGCUGGCAUCAGGGGCGGCCCGGCGGUCACUCUGGACUCGCUGAGGGACAAAGAACUGAGUUCGUCCAGCGACGAGAUGCCCACCGAGGCUCAGAAGAGAUCAACUGCUGCCGCCCUCUGUGACCUCACCACUGAGGUCCUGAGAACCAUUAAUGCCACAGAAAACGCAAUGGUCGAGUACGGCCUCUCAGAGCCGGUCGACAAAUCCCACUUAGUAGGGACUGACGUUAAGCAAGCAGAUGAUGCUUUCAGGGAACUUGAGGAAAAUGUGUACAUCACAGCCGGUCAGUCGUACGAACUGGAGACGAAACUGCGACGACUCGAGCAGAGCGCCAAGAAUCGUUUCGGAGGGACGACGGACUCGGAGCUGUCGGAGCUGGAGGACGUGGUGGCGCUGACCGCCGCCAGAGUCCAGAGCGCCGAAAGCGAGGUGUCGGAUAUUGAGAGUAAGAUCGCUGCUCUGAACGCUGCUGGAACCAAGAAGAAGCUUCCUGGAAGUCAUCAGAGGAAAAAAUCAACACAAGACUUCUCCAAAAACACGAACGGAGCUCAGUGGAAGUCCAACAUGUACUGAAGCUGAAACCUGAACAGCAGCUGGAACAGGAAACGUGUGUCAGCUGACGCGUUCGUCCUUUCUUUACUUCCUGUGUCUUCAUUUGUAAAAUUAUGAGCUUCAUCCAAACUGUUCUUUGUCUUUUAAUGUCUUCAAGAGAAAAAUGCUUUUCAGUCUCCACGAAACAGGAAUUCAAGAUAUUUGACUAAAACACAACUCAGAUUAAAAAUAUGUGAAGACGAAGUCAGAGUUCAUCGAGAGCCGAAUGUUUCCUGUUGCAACAGACAAACAUUUGACAUUCAUCUUCUUUUUCCUUUUUAUUUUGAAAAUAUUGUGAAUUUCCCUUUUUGGAUCUAACAUUAAUUUCGUUAUUACUAUCAAACGUCGUCACGUCUCUCCACAGAAAUGAAAAGAAAAAUAUUUUCCACUUUAAAAAACAUGAAUUAAUAUAUUAAAUGUGUGCAGAAUUUUGUUCCCAUUAAUGUCCAGCAGGAUAAAAAAGCUGCCACAUUAUUUGAGUCAAAACUGACACAUGAAAACCAAAUUUAAAUCCACGAUUAAAGAUCGCAAACACCAACUCAAAUUGUGACAUAAAUGAUAAAAGACCGUACAGUUUACAGAGAAAAUGUGAGUUAUCAUCU